AUGUAUGGCGAGCAAGGCAACAAGCUCGUGGUCGAUGCGAAGCGCAUCCAAAACCUGCCACACCUACCACCAUACGCAACGACGACAAUCCGUGCGGUGACAAAAGAAGUCCGCGAGCUGGACCGCGACGCGACCGCGCUUCUGGCACCAUACAGACUCGGAAGCACUCAAGGAAGCAAUGGAUCUCAGCCUCAAUCAUCGUUCAACCCGGCAGACGACCCGGCUUUGGCCUGCACACUCCUGGUCAACCACCUCUCCACCCGCAGGAACAAGCGAUGCCUAAUGGCAUACCACAAAACCCGCACGGACAAGCUGGAAGCCAUGUGCUGGGAGGGUGUCGAUGUCUCUGAUUUGCAGCAAGCUUCCGCCUCGACUACCGCUGGUGGACAGAGUGGACCGACGAGCAGUCUGAGCGCAGAGGAAGAACAGUACGUUCAUCAGUACAGCGACCUUCUCGCUGCGUACAAGGGUCAGUGGACCGACAUCGACUUGACUGGAAGUCUAGAGCCUCCGAAAGAUAUCUUCAUCGAUGUGCGGGUGCUGAAGGAUGCGGGUGAAAUUCAGACGGAGUACGGGUCGAUCACUUUGACGAAGAACAGCCAGUUCUACGUUCGUCAAGCUGAUGUCGAGCGGCUCAUUCAUCAAGGCUAUUUGCAACGACUGAGCUGA